GGUGCCGAAUCUCAUUAAAUAAUUCAUUGAAUGGCGCUGUCGAGCUGAGCACUUGAGAGCCCCCGCAGCCGCAGUACGACUCCAAAGCUGCAACUACCUUUUUGAACUCCUCGCGAGUCACCCACCGGCCAAUACCGAGACCAACCUGAGAGGGAGAGGAGAGGGAGAGAUGGUUGGGGGAGGAGGGGGAGGGGCGCUGCGGCGGGUGGGCAAGUACGAGGUGGGGCGGACCAUCGGGGAGGGGACGUUCGCCAAGGUCAAGUUCGCGCAGAACACGGAGACAGGGGAGAGCGUCGCCAUGAAGGUGCUCGAUCGCUCCUCCAUCCUCAAGCACAAGAUGGUGGAUCAGAUCAAGAGAGAGAUAUCCAUAAUGAAGCUUGUGAGGCAUCCCAAUGUGGUCAGAUUACAUGAGGUUUUGGCGAGCCGAAAGAAGAUAUUUAUAAUCUUGGAGUUCAUCACUGGUGGUGAACUAUUUGACAAAAUUAUUCGUCAUGGGAGACUCAGUGAAGCGGAUGCACGUAAAUACUUUCAGCAGCUUAUUGAUGGUGUUGAUUUUUGCCACAGCAAAGGAGUCUACCAUCGAGAUCUAAAGCCUGAAAAUCUUCUCCUUGAUUCCCAAGGAAAUCUUAAAAUUUCAGACUUUGGACUCAGUGCAUGGCCUGCACAGGGAGCUGCCCUUCUACGUACUACCUGUGGAACCCCAAACUAUGUUGCCCCAGAGGUUCUUAGUCAUAAAGGAUAUGAUGGAGCACUUGCUGAUACAUGGUCAUGUGGAGUUAUUCUAUAUGUCCUGUUGGCAGGUUAUCUUCCCUUCGAUGAAGUAGAUUUGACUACCCUUUAUGGGAAGAUUGAGAGCGCAGAAUAUUCAUUCCCAGCUGUGUUUCCAAGUGGUGCUAAGUCACUGAUACGCAGAAUUCUGGAUCCUAGCCCAGAUACACGAAUCAGGAUAAAAGAGAUCAGAAAGGAUGAAUGGUUUAAGAAAAAUUAUGAACCUGCCAGGGAAGUAGAAAAUGAAGAAGUAAAUCUCGAUGAUGUUAAUGCAGCUUUUGAUGAUCCUGAGGAGGACAAUGAACAUACUUUUGACGAUGAAGCAGGCCCUUUGACGCUCAAUGCAUUCGAUCUAAUUAUUCUAUCUCAAGGGUUGAACCUUUCGGCCCUAUUUGAUCGCCGACAGGACUAUGGCAAGCUUCAAAAUAGAUUUUUAUCACGCAAACCAGCAAAUGUUAUAUUGUCAAGUAUGGAGGUUGUUGCUCAAUCCAUGGGGUUGAAGACACAUAUUCGCAAUUAUAAGAUGAGGGUGGAAGGUCCAAAUGCGAACAAGACUAGCCAUCUCACAAUUAUGCUUCAAAUUUUUGAAGUUGCCCCAUCAAUCUUUAUGGUGGAACUAGAGAGAUCUGCUGGAGAAACUUCAGAGUAUAAUAAGUUCGUAAACAACUACUGCUCCAAAUUAGAUGAUAUCAUCUGGAAAGUUUCUGCUGAGAAGGGAAAAUCUAGGACAUCCCGGCUAUCGAAGCGCUAACUUAUGCACCUAUUACAAUUUAACUGUAACCAUGUGGGUUUGCUGCAGGUAUUGCGUAUUGCUGUUUCGUUUGGGUUACGUACAUCACGGGCUUGGCUAAUGAGUGUACUAGUGCAGCUUAUCAUAAUUGAUCUAUGAUCUUUUAGUUAUAUACUACCCUGACCUAAAACGUCUUAUAUUUGUUUACGGAGAGAGGGGGAGAUUGUGUUUAGUGCCAUGAUUGUAUACUACGACUAGUCGAGUCUGCUUGUACAAAGAGGUCCAUCUAGUAGUUCCGACAUGUCAGUUUUCAUGUACAGAAAUGUGUCAAACAAACUGUACUUCACUUGUC